GCGCUGUCUGCGUCGCGUUGGACACUCGGCUCGGUAUGGGUUUUUUUAACGUAACUUAACGGCGGAAGCGGCUGUUUGUGGACCGGCGUUAUCGACGCCUCUUCGCAGCGGAUUUACAAAGCGUCCCCGGAACCAGCACCCUGAGAACCAGCACCCUGAGAACCAGCACCCCGGACAGAGACUGAGCGUUUCAGCACCCUAGACAGAGACUAACCGUCCACCGGAGGCUGUGGAGAGGCGUGGCAAGCGGAGACGGGAAGGAUGGAUCUUCAAACCGAUGUAAGCGCCUCCCCCAAGGGAAGCCGGCGUCGGCGGCAAGGCCUCGUGGGCCGCUGACCGACUGUCUCCGUGAUUGAUGGCGUCUGGGGGCCUUUGGCCACUGCACACCGCUCUCCUCUCUCUCCUCCGUUUCCCUUCACACACACUGCAAGAUUGCGAGGAGCCACACACGGCGCACCGCCGUCCAAAGGAGUAUCCGGAGAGGUGUCCCUCGCACAUGCCGAGCUGCGGCGCGGGCGCACAUACAAGUCCUGCUUCCUACCCGGAGUCCAACCGGAACAAACCGCUCCAUAAACAUUGCUGUGCUGCAGCACCGUGCCCCGCAAUCCCAUCGCAGGCGUACGAGACCGAGCCGGCUGGAAGAGUAUUCUCCGUUUGACUGCGUGUGGAUGACCAUCGGUCACGGUGUGUCAGCCGUAGAGACGCUGGUUGUAGUUGCUGCUGAGGGGCGGAGGCGGAUCAAUGGAAGUGCGUUGAGUGACGAGGGGAUGUUCUGAGAGCAAUCAGCCGCCCGCAUCUCUUCACUGACGCCACACUCUGCUUAUACAUCGCAAUAACCCUCCUCCUCCGUGGACUAUUAGUGGAGCGACUCAUCGUGCGGUUCUAAUAUUAGACACAAGUCGCACACGAGUCUUUUGCUCCUUCGGACCACCUUAAAUAAAGAAAACUAAUUCUCCAACCGUAAAGGUUUGGAGAGGACUCCGUGCCGUGUUUAACCAUCUGAACUAUUUUUUUUUAUUUGACACGCUGGGAACUGGGAGCGUGUGCCAGCAGGGGCCCUCGCCAUGGUGUUGCCACCCCCAGACAAACGCCACGUGUGCCUGACCACCAUCGUCAUCAUCACCAGCAUGGCCUUCAUGGACGCCUACCUGGUGGAGCAGAACCAGGGGCCCAGAAAGAUUGGCGUGUGUAUUAUCGUGCUGGUCGGGGACGUAUGCUUCCUCAUCGUGCUGCGAUACGUGGCGGUGUGGGUCGGCGCUGAGGUGCGCACCGCCCGGCGCGGAUACGCCAUGAUCCUCUGGUUUCUGUACAUCUUCGUCCUGGAGAUCAAGCUCUACUUCGUCUUCCAGAAUUGCAAGGCAGACCGGAAGAGUCUGGAGACGGUGGCCCGGAAGGCGUUGACGUUGUUAUUAUCUGUAUGUGUGCCGGGCUUAUACUUGGUUCUCGUGGCUCUGGAUAGUAUGGAAUAUGUGAGAACUUUCCGGAAGAAAGAGGACAUGAGGAGUCGCCUGUUCUGGGUGGCUCUGGACCUGCUGGACCUGCUGGACAUCCAAGCCAACCUGUGGGAGCCCCAGCACACAGGCCUGCCCAUCUGGGCCGAGGGCCUGAUGUUCUUCUACUGCUACAUCCUGCUGCUCAUCCUGCCCUGCGUGUCGCUCAGUGAGAUCAGCAUGCAGGGGGAGCACAUGUCUCGCCAGAAGAUGAUGCUGUACCCAGUUCUGAGCUUGGUCACCAUAAACGUGGUGACCAUCCUCAUACGAGGCGUCAACAUGGUGCUGUUUCAGGACAGCCGCGUUUCCACCAUCUUUGUCGGAAAGAACGUGGUUGCGAUCGCCACCAAGGCGUCCACCUUCCUGGAGUACCGCAGACAGGUGAAGGAGUUCCCCCACCCGCGGAACGCCAUGGCGCUAGAGAUGCAGCAGAACAGCCACACGCAGCCGCUGCCCAACGCCUCGAGUUUGCCGCAUGAACCUUCGCCGGUGCAGGAAGUCAUUGACACAUGACCGCCAGUGGUGGACUGGGCACCAUUAUAAAAUGACUGCUUUUUAUGAACGCUCCAGCGGUGAAGGUAGAGAGAGAAAUCAGCUGCAUGACGGGAUGAUAUUCUGCACUUGUCAAGCCCACAAAAACGGCGAUGGAACCAUAAAAGAGAUUUUCAGCAUCACCUGCCGGUCAGAACAUACAGUAAACCGACGCUUGACUCGGAGUGCAGCACGCAGACUUUGAAAUCUAGUCAAAGGUUUUUAUGGUGCCAUUGUGUUUUUAAUUGUUUCAAAAGGUUUUAAAAGUUCAAACUUUUAUGAGAGACAAUCUCCACAGUGCAAAGCCCGGUGACAUUAUGUUGUGUAAAACAGACAGCUGGUCCCCCCUCAGUGAGCGUCUUGUAUUUUUUUUAAAGGUCACUUUUUCAACAGUGCAUCUGUGGCAUUUCCUUUGAAUUCCAGCAGCAAAGGACGCGCCACUCAGCGUGAAGCUGUGAUGGAGAGGAAAUGCAGAGAAGUACAAGGGUCAGUCAUGGGCGGCUAUCUGCUCUGUGCAAGGUCGGUGGCAGAUGAAUGCGUUUUUCCUUCUGCGUUUGGUUCUGCUGAGAAAAAGAGCUCUGUGGAAGCUGCUGCCUCGGUCAGUGUGACGCUUUACGGCCAAAGGUCUGAUUAAAGCACCAGAGCUCAGCACUACACCCCCCACUGCAGGCAUCUGAGCGUGUGUUUUAUUGUGUGUGUGUGUGUGUGUCUAUGUGCACACACUCUCGUCUGUAGAGUGUGUGCCUGCAGGCGUACAUGUUCAUGGUCACCACAGCAGGUUUGGGUUAACAGAUGUGACUGGUUGAUGCGUGUGAUGAACAACAAAUGAGACGAAAUAUGUAAUGAUGUCAGAAGAAAAAAAACCUAAUAAGAUGGGGGUAAGAAAAUUAUGUUUUGUUUCCUGUACUGUACAAUGCAGAGAGUCCAGAGAACGCCUCACUGAAGAUACAAAAGACAAAAGAUAAAGCAUAAAUACUAUAACAUACAAACAGAAAAGACUUGGUAUGAUGUUAUUCAGUUUAUUAUUAUUAUUCUGAUUAUUAUUAUCCUUAUUAUCAUGUACAUUAUUUACUGGUUGGAGGCCAAUGAUGUUUUAAUAAAAGUAUGUAUAAAAGAAUAAUGACGAGAGCUUGGUUUCUUUUUCCGAAUUGUUUGUUAUUAUUAAGUAUAUAUUAUUUUGAGCCAAAUUAAAGGUUCUCUAUACGACAUUCAGAGCAUCUAUUUAGUAGAACGCAAAUAGUUUAUAUGUAAAGAUAAAGUAGAGAACAAUGUAACUUUCCUUUGUGUGUUGUGAUCACAGCUUCUCUUGUUGACAGAGCCUC